UGUUCACUAAUCGCUCUCUCUCACUCAGAGCCAACUGGCAAACUUGAUUGAUUCACAGCCAUAGGUGGAAGAAAGGACAAAAGUAGUCUAGGAUUUGAGUCUGAUUCUUUUGGUCUUAUCCCACCAUAUAGUCCCGCCUUUCUCUUCUGUCUAUAUACAUAUCAGCUUCUUUCAUUUCCCCAUUGAAGGAAAAAAAUAGUGUUUACAAUGAAUUUAUCACCUUCUCGAUGUGGGAGUGGUUGUGAAUCUGGUUGGACUUUCUACUUAGACCGAUCAUCUUGUUCUCGAUCUUGGAGUACAUUCGAGGUUGAAUAUGAAGAGGAAGGCUUAUCCAUGGUGUCCGAUGCAUCUUCUGGUCCAAGGCAUUAUUACUGCCAAGAUUAUGCAGAAUGUGUCGAUGAAAACGGGAAAAACAGCAGAAACAAAAGGAAGAUCAAAGAGAAUUGUGGUAAUGAACAACACUCUUGUCUUGAUGACACUGCAAGCUCUCCUGUAAUAGGCUUUUCCGAGAAGAAUUUCAAGAAAGAAGGCUCGGUAGAGUUGUCGGGCUUUUCACAAGGCUUUUCGGGUACACAUUUUAAGGGUAAAUCAGCAUUCCAGAAAAAACUUGGUUUCCUGAAAUCUGGAAAAACAAGUUCAAAACAUGCAGAUGGUUUCCAGGAAAGGAGCAGGGAGUGACAAAAGGGUAAACUGUAACAGCUUUGUCUCAAAUACAACAGCUGUUCUGGAAAGUGAAAUAGGAGGAAUGUUGUAAAAAAUCAACAACAAAAUGGCCUUGGAUCUCAAGGGAUUUUUUUAAUUGUUUUAUUUUUAAUUUGAUCCUGUCAAUGCAGUGGGAAACAACAACCUGGGAACAUCAA